AGUGUACUGCACUUCCUCCUCCACACAGAGAAAGAGGCCGAAUAAGAACUUUUACUGCAGCGCGUUUGUUAUUAAUAAUAUUCACUCUUCAGUGGGUCAGUGUUUACACUCUGCUGUGGGUCAGUGUGUGUGUGUUUACACUCUGCUGUGGGUCAGUGUGUGUUUACACUCCUGUGUGUAGUGAAGUUAAACGCGGUGUUUUAUUUUCCUGUGUGAGGAGAUGAAACUGCAGCUGAUAUGUCCUGAUAAAUAAACCUCCCUCACAGGUGAUCUCUCUGUCUGUGGAGACAUGCAGGUGGACUUACAGCUUAUUCAUGUUUUCUGUUUUGCAGUUUAAUGGAAGACUUUAAAUAUCCAGAAGAAGAUCAGAGUAAUCCGGUUUCUCAUGAGGACACCAAACAGAUACUUAAAGAAUCGACCACGCCUGCCCCCUUUAACUGUGUGACACUGCGCUCCAGUUCCACUCCAUCCUUAUCCCCUUCUCCUGCUCCUGGGGGCACUACAGCGCUCCCUGCAGGUGAGAACAAUGCAAAGCAAACCACUGUGGCAAAUGGACUGGUUCCCUCUGCAGCGUCUCUGUGGCACAUGUCCCGUGACGUGCCACCUCGCUUCCGUAACCAUCAGGAGCCUAAAAUUCUGCUAAAGAGAGGCCAGUCGCUAGAUGGAAUAUCACCAUUCCUCCACACAGGGGAUCAGUUGAAUGCAAACACUACACAACGCUCAGCUUCUUUAACUUAUGCAAAUUCCACAUGUGGCUCGGGCUCCGGAGCACCGCUACUGUCUCAGGGAAUGGAUAAGAUUAUAGUGGAUGGCUCUGACCUGCAGGCAUGGCCCAGUAUUUUGGACAGCAGGAGGCAGAACGAGUCCCUGAGCAAAGCUUCAUGGGAAUGCAAUCAGGGCAUGCAAAAGAACAAGACAGAACAGGUGGAGCUUGGUGUCACUGCAGAUGGAGGCAACUCAGAAUCAAUCCCCUGUUCCUCCUGUGAAACUGCUUUAAAUUUGACAGAUGCAGAAAGCAUGCAGCAGAAGAUAGAAAGCCAGGAUGGAGGCCAACGGGAGGAAAACAAGACAGAAAAAGGAGUGGGACCAAAACAAGCGGAAGCUGAUAUUGCUGAUGACUGCAAAGGGUUAAAUGUGGCAGUGCAGCUUCCUAAUUUCAGUUCAAAUCUAGAAGCCUUAACUCCUGAUAGAUGUAAUAGUAGGGCAAGUGGAGAACUGCUGGAGACUGGAGAAAUCUGGGGAACGUCUGGGGAAAACCAGGUAGGAUGGAAAGUUGCUGGAAAUGAUGGAGUCAGCCAUGAGGUAUCUCAGACAGUCUGGGAUGAAGAAAAAACUGGUCUAAAAAAGCAGGCAGCUACAGUUAGGCAGAGUGAUGUGCCAAAAGAAGGCAUGGCUGAACAUGUAAAAGAAAGCUCUCCAGAUUGUUUACAGGACAAAAUGAUUGCAACCAAUACAACAACAGAUGGUGAGAAAGGGAUGAAUGAGAGAGAAUGGCAGGGCUCAGAGUGCGAGUCUGCCGGCUGUAGAAGCAGCGAAGAUGGGACUUGGUCUUGCAACAACUCCAGAGCUCAAGCGUCAUGCACAGAAGUGACCUUACAGAACAUGCUCAGUCGAAGUGAUCUGGAUCCCCGGGUACUUUGUAACACUGGCUGGGGGCAGACCCAGAUCAAGCAGAGCAUAGCCUGGGAUUUGGAGGUGGACAGUAGCUCUGAAUCAGGUCGAGACUGGACUGGGCAUGCGCGGAUUGAUCUAAAUAGUCCCAGCUGUCCUCAGUGGUCCAGGGACUUGCAGGGCCAAGUGAAGGAGGCCAGAAACCAGAGGGCAGGGAGUAAAGAGGAGCAAAGUGAGGAGAAAACAGAUAGUAAACAGAGUGCUCUACUGACAGGGAAAGGAAGCAGCUGGAUGAAGACUGUUGAGGAUGAGCGGGUAGAAAGGUGGGAUGGGAACAGGAGAGAUGGUGGGCAGUGGAGAGAAGGGGACAGGGGCAGUUGGGGCCCAGGAGACACUCAGUGGGGAGAAAACAAGGUUAAAGGUGGACAAAGUGAGAAGCCAUGGGCUGACUCUAAGGAUGAGGGAUGGAGAACCAAACAGCACCAGGGGUGGGGAGACGACUGCCACUUGCAACAUAUACCAAACAGUCAGACAGCACUGAAAGGCCCAAAUCAGCAGCAAGUGCAGCAAUCCCAGUCCCAGCUUACUCAACAAAGAGGCUCACAGGAGUCCAGGGAACCACCCACAGGCCCAGUGGUACUGAAGCAAAGCUCAGGAUGGAAGCCUGGUCCCAUCCCCCACACAUCUUCAGCCAUUGAGCCAAGUGGUUGGGAGGAGCCCUCACCCCAGUCCAUUAGCAGGAAGAUGGAGAUUGACGAUGGUACGUCAGCCUGGGGUGACCCCACUCACUAUGACAGCAGGAGUGUCAAUAUGUGGGACAAGAGCAACCUACAGCAGAGGGGUCAGCCAUCUCAGCAACAGCAUGAGUCCAUGCCAGCCACCACCCUGACCAGCAGAGAUAAAAACACAGCAUGGGAACGGAGUACUGAUGCUCCUGAACAGGUCAUGAACAACAGCCCAGGAGGCUGGGGGAAAGCCUUUGAUACACCCUCAGGCUGGAGGGACCCAGAGGAAUCUGGGAAAGGGACAGGUUGGGGUGGAUCCCGCUUCAAUCCAGCCAAGAGCGGUUCAAAGACUAUGCAAGAUAGCUGGGGUGAUGAAAGUUUAAACAAUUCACGCCAUUCCAGCUGGGAGGAGGAAGAUAGUGGUUCUGGCAUGUGGGGCAACAGGUCUCAGGACAACACUUCCUCCUUUUCCUCUGGGGGUUGGAACCAAGGUCAGGGUGGCAGGAGAACUGGAGCAAAGGGUACUCUGAAAGGAAACGGAGGGGGUUCCUGGACAGGUUCGAUAACUCGGCAGUUGUCCAACAUGGGGAUCACGGACGAAGAAGCCGUCUCAGCAUCAGACAGGCGCAGGAGAGGGAUGAAUGACUUUAAUGGGGAGAUGAGGAGGGGAGGAAGAGGAGGAGGAAGCUUUCGCUCACACAGCUCCAAGGAACCAGGCACGACAGGUCUGCUCAAUACCAGUGGUGUUGCACAUUUAAGAGGAAUGCAGCAGCCAGGUGCGCAUCACGUAAACCCUUCCCCUGGAGUACGAGCACAAGUGCCUCAGCAGUUCCUCCCACCUCAGGUUUCGGGGUCGGUUUUGAAUCCGAUGUUUCCCCCACAGCUGUCCCCUCAGCACUUAGCCAUGCUCAGUGGGAUACACCCCCACAUGCAGCAGGUCCAGCUGGCGUAUCAGCUCCUCCUGCAGCAGCAGCAGCAACAGCAUCAUUUCCUGUCUCAUAGAAAGUUCCCCCAGCCUCCUCCUCUGCUUCAGCAUCAGGACCCGCAGCAGUUGGCCCGCAUUAUGGCAGUUCUUCAGCAGCGUCCCAAAACCCCCACAUCCUUCCCAGCAGGCUUUGUGCCAGGGGUGGAGCCUGAGUCAGUGAUUGGAGUAAAAGAAGUGGGAGGAGCUCAGCCUCAGUUUAAAUGGAUGAUGGAGGCAGGGCAUCCACUUUGCCCCUCCCCUCCUGAUCCCGUCAUGCUUAAGAAUGGUCUCUUACCAGGUCCGAUGAAGCUCCGAGGCGACUCCUCGUAUCCCCACUAUGAUCUGGUGGGGGUGGAGAAUAUGGGUGUGGCCUCUCCAAGUCUGAUUGACAAUUGGCAUAGAACCCCUGGUGGCAAAUUAGGCUCCACCCCUAGCACCCCCACCUGGCCACCAGAGUUUCAGCCCGGUGUUCCAUGGAAAGGUGUUCAGAGCCCCGAGCCUGACCCAAACCCCUACAGCGGAAUGUUGGUGGAGAACACACUCACGGACACUGAACACCAUUUAUUGCAGGAUAACACAGUCUCUCUCUCAGAGCUGAACACCGUACUGCCUUCACCUGCUGCCUGGCCUUACUGUGCCUCGGACCCACACAACUCAGCUAAAUUCCCUGUGCUAGCCCCCAGUUGGCCUCCUGAGCCCAUCGGACACAGGACCAAUCGAAACGGCUCCCAGCUGCCCCGCCCCCCUCCAGGCUUGACCCAUCAGAAGCAGUCUCCGUGGUUAGGGGUGGGGCCUCACGUGCCCAGAGGGUGGAGCUCGGAGAGGCAGGGCCAGGAGUCACCUUUUGGUGCAGGUAACGUUUUACACGUCUCUGCAGUGGUUGUGGUGAUGAAGAGGAACACAGGAGCUCAGUCAUGUUGUGGUGUUUCAGAGAGCUCAUGGAGUGGUGGAUCAUCUACAGGAAGUUCAUGGCUAUUAUUGAGCAACCUCACACCACAGGUCGAUAGCUCCACUCUAAAGACAAUUUGCCUGCAGCAUGGCCCACUGAUGACCUUUAACCUCGGCUUGGCUCAGGGCAGUGCUCUGAUUCGCUACUGCAGCCCGGAUGAGGCGGCCAAGGCCCAGAGCGCACUGCACAUGUGUGUCCUGGGUAACACCACCAUCUUGGCUGAGUUUGUGAGCGAGGAGGAUGUGGCCCGUUACUUCACACAUUCCCAGAGCAGAGAGACAGACGGAGACGGAGAGACAGACAGAGAGAUGGACAGUGAGACGUGUGGAGGAGGGGAGGUGAAGCUUGGCUGGGAGAACCUGGACGGGGCCGGACUCUCUCUGUUUAACCGCUGGAGCCACAGCCGAGAGGGUGGGGUUUGGGGAGGCGUGCCCACUGGUUACCACAGCAACAGCCUCUGGGGUACUCCUCAGGUGGAGGACAGAGGACUUGGCUUGUUGCCAGGCAACUUAUUAGGGGGUGGGGCUGACACUCUCUGACAAAAGAGAGAGCUGAAUUGUAAUUUAAACACGCGCGCGUGUGUGUUAGGUCAGAACAUUUCUAUAUGAACACUGGACUCGGUUUACUCUCAGUUCAUAUCGGCAGUGAUUUUAUCACCUCACAUCGUCUGAUGCGUUAUAAUUUACUCGUUAGACUGCGUUUGUGACUCGACUCAUUUCACUGCUAACAUCCUCACUGCCCGCUUUAUGAGGAACACCUGCUCGUUUCUGCAGCUCUGUAAUCAGCCGGUGGUGUGGUAGCAGCACAGUGCACACACUCCUUCAGAUACAGGUCACAGGUUUCAGCUGAUGUUCACGUCAAGCCUCAGAAUGAAGAAGGAGAACACGGAGCAUUAACUGCGGCUCUUCAGCUGUUCCUAUUAAAGUGGACACUGAGUGUGUAUCUAUAAUGCACCGCCUCUGUAAUCUCUCUCUAAAGGUCAGCGUAUCGUGUUUAUUUCACUCGUAAUAAACCAGGGCUGGAGUGCAGAUCUGGAAAACCCAGCAGUCUGGAAUUUAAAGGUUUUUCUUUUCACACGUCAGCUUUUGGAAAUCUAGAAUAUUUUGUUUGUUUUGUUGUUGUUUUAUAGGAUGACUAAUGCAUUACAAAGCGUUACGCUAAAACAUUCUCUGUAAUGUGUUCUCGUUCCAUCAGUCUAAUGACCACUAAUAAUUUAGCAGCUUUUCUAGCCCUGCCCACUUAACUACAGUUGUUGGGACUCCUCCUAUCUCAUUGAAUAUGCAAAUCAGUGCGCUGUUUCUAAACCCAUCACUGCCAGUGUGAACACAACCUUCUGCUCUCACACUGCUCUACUCCGGCCCCUGAACCUGUGGCCCUCCGCAGACUGACCAGUAGUGUUGUGACUGUGAUGCCUGCUUUAGUGUGUGUGUGUGUGUGUGUGUGUGUGUGAGAGAGAGAUAGUUUAAUAUGCAUGUGUGCACUUUACUGUCGUGUGUGACUGCUUUGAGUGUGUGUUGCGUACUGUAUAUAGAGGCUUACUCUACACAUUGCUGAUUUCUGCUAUGUACUCGUGUGUGUGUGUGUGUGUGUGUGUGUUUUAGUAUACACUCAUGUAGCCUUUUUUUAAUCUGCAAUAAGAGCGCUUUAAAGAUGCAACUGAGUGUGUGACGACACAUUUUUCUGGUUUACACACAGAGGUGAUGUAUAUGAGUGUGUGUGAGUGUGAGAGAUGUACAGUGUGUAUCCUGUAUGGAGUUUUUACAGAAGAGUUAUUUAAUAAUAGACACACAUACUGCUGUGUAAUAAACACUGAGACUUUGGAUUUAA